CGUUACAUUUCCCUGUCCAGCGGAAGCAAAGAACACUCCAGAAAGAAGCGCCCGUAGAGUGCGAGAAAGGAAUAUCAGAGAAUGGAUAGGUAUCAGAGAGUUGAGAAGCCAAGGCCAGAAGAACACAUUAGUGAGAAUGAAAUCAGAGUCACAGCUCAGGGUCUCAUACGGAAUUAUAUUAUUUAUGCCACUUCUCUACUUCAGGAUAAACAAGAGAAGGAGGUUGUUUUGAACGCAAUGGGACAGGCAAUCAGUAAGGCAGUGACCAUUGCAGAGAUUGUCAAGAAGAGAAUACCUGUAUUGCAUCAAAAUAUAUCCACUAGAUCAACAACUAUAACUGAUGCAUAUGAGCCCAUUGAGGAGGGGCUGACUCCGGUGGAGAUGAAGCGGCAAGUCUCUCUGAUCACAAUUACUUUGUCAACUGUUGAAUUGAACAAGAACUCGCCAGGGUACCAAGCUCCUCCUAACAUGGAGCAGGCAAAAGUUGAAAAUCAGAAAGAGCUGUGGCUAGAUAAACAAGUCAUUGCUCCAUCUCUGGAUAUUAAUCAAGAUUCAUAUGGUGGCCGGGGACGAGGGCGAGGGCAAGGGCGAGGACGUGGUCGUGGAAGGGUUGGUUUCCAGAAUUAUCAAGAAGAUGGUGAAUAUUAUAAUCGGGGUCAAGGAGGUGGACGAGGCAGAAGCUGGGGUUACCAGGAAAACGGUGGAAGGGUACGAAGGGUACGAAGCAGAGGCGGAGGCAGGGGUUACGAUGGUGCUGGAUAUGAAAGAGGGAGAGGUGGAAGGAGGGGCGGUGGUAGAGGUUAUGGCCGUGGGCGGGGACAAAUAGUACGCCGGGGAAGGGGUGGUGGAGAUCAGCUAGUUUGAUACAGAUAUCCUUUUGUGCUUAUGCUAAAUGUUUGGCUGAGUUUACUAGGAAGUAGCGUACCGAGAGAGCAAUUCAUCUCCUAAUGUUCUGUUCUGUCCAAUGAUGCAGUGGCCUUCUUGUAAAGCAUUUCCUUUCAAGCAUCGUUUUUGAAAUUACGAACACCUGCUUUCUUGUAAUGUACACACUUAGAAUUUGGAUUUAAAGUUGUUUAAAUGAAAAUUGGGGUGAAGCAUUAAGGGGGUAA